UUUAAUUUUUAAUCUAUUUUUUCACAUGGGUUUGAUUGAAAGCGGGGAGCGGUGAAUACUAAUGUCAUUGUUCGGGAUUGUAAUUCGGCAACUCGUUGGAAACCAAGCCAUGGCUACAUCGAAGAAAGUUAUAACAAGGGCAGAUUGGGAGAAAAAGCUGAAUGAUGUUAAGGUUAAAAAGGAGGAUAUGAAUAAAUUGGUGAUGAAUUUUCUGGUUACCGAAGGUUUCGUGGAGGCUGCUGAAAAAUUUCGAUUUGAAUCCGGGACAGAACCAGAUAUUGAUCUUGCGACUAUCACUGAUCGUAUGGAAGUUAAGAAGGCGGUACAGAGUGGUAAUGUGGAAGACGCAAUUGAGAAAGUUAACGAUUUGAACCCUGAGAUACUGGACACGAAUCCCCAACUAUUUUUCCAUCUCCAACAGCAAAGGCUGAUAGAGUUGAUCCGCAAUGGCAAGGUAGAAGAGGCUCUCGAGUUUGCUCAAGAGGAACUUGCUCCUCGAGGAGAAGAAAACCAAGGGUUUUUAGAAGAGUUGGAGAGGACUGUUGCUUUGCUUGCUUUUGAAGAUGUCACUAACUGCCCCGUCGGUGAGCUGCUCGAUAUAUCACAGCGACUUAAGACUGCCAGUGAGGUCAAUGCUGCUAUUCUCACCAGUCAAAGCCACGAGAAAGAUCCGAAGCUUCCGAGCUUAUUGAAAAUGCUGAUAUGGGUGCAAAACCAGCUCGACGAGAAAGCGACUUAUCCUCGAAUAACCGAUUUCUCUACUGCUGCUCUUGAAGAUCCUGCUACUUAAUUACUGCAACCCUUUUAAUUUAGUGGGAAUUAGUGAUAUCUUAUGUAAUUUAAGAAGAAAAAAACUAUUUUAGUGUAAAUUUGAUUAUGGAUUGUGGAACUAUUUAUCAUUCUUGCUUCGAAAUAAAUAAAUAUUAUUUAUGAACAUUUUAUUUAUUUGAAUAUU